AUGGCCAUGCAGAAUGUAGACUAUAUUGCUCUUCUUGCGGACAUGCCAGGCUUCUUUGUCAAGACACGGCAGGGAGGUCCCGGAGUAGAGAUCUCACAAGAAGAAGACAUUCCACAAGGAUUUGGGGAUAGGAUACCGGUGGUUGCAGCUGGCUUGGAUGUGGAGCAUGGAGGUCCCUUUACCAAGCUGCAGAUUUUCCCACUCCAGCUUUGGCCUUCCAACCACCCUUCAUUCAAACUCCCCCCCGACUCUCAGUCCCCUCGGUCGCCUCUGAUGUGCGCCACCCCCCACGAGCAAGCCCUGUGGCGCCCCCCCGAAACGAAAUCCCUCCCUGAAGAAGGCCACAUCCUGGCCCUGACGAUCCACCAAGCGCAGCCCCUCGUCCCUGAGCUCAGGCUGACGUCACCAGUAGUGCGCAUGCACUGUGUUGACCGGACGACCGGGCAUUAUUUGAAGAAGACGGACGCUGCGAGGCCGGCAGUCUUGCACAACGAGGCGUGCGAUUACAUCAUGCCGCUGCAGACGAAGCCGUUCGACCUCAAGCAGGGCGGCCGCGGGGGAAUCCUGUCCGCAACUUGGGAGGAGUGCCUCCUUUUGGACGAGGAAGCCGUCCGGUUCUUCGCGCCUGAUGCUUUGCUCCUGCUAGAGAUUCUGCAGCUGCCGGCGUCUCUAAGCAAGCAGAAGCGUGGCCGGCUGACGGGGGGAGUGCCCGCAUGGAAGCUGCUCGACGGCCACUACCGCGUCGCGUGGGCGUACCUCGCCCCGCAGUCCCCUCUCGGCCAGCCCCACCUUGGGCGGGUCUCUCUCCAGCUUUACCACUACGCUCCGCCACCCCGUUUUCGCAGCCGCGAGGCGCCGGAGGUAUUCGCCACGUGGCAGUCGCUCUGCGACCCGCGCUCGAGCGCGCGCGCGCGCAGGAAGAGGGCGCGCCGGCUGCUGUACCCGGGGGCGAUCGCGGUGACGACGGCGGCAGUGCCGCGGCCGCGCGCGGACACUGUGGUUGCAGCGCCGCAGGUGGGCGUUCGGGGCCUUUUGGCGAGCCAGGUUGAGGCCGGUCGGCUGGGCGCGGAAGAUCUUCUCCAAGAGUGGCAGGACAAGAACCAGGGCGGAGAGCAGACGCGGAACGGCGAGACGGGAGGCGCGCUGCUGACGGAGGAUGACGUCAGCGCGCCUCAGCACGCGCGCGCGCACCACGAGCCGUGCAUCGUGCCCACGGUGUUGCAGCACCGGCUAGCCGCCGGAUCGAGGGGCUGCGUCCGCAUCCGCUUCUCCCCAAGCGGACGAUUCCUGGCAGUGGUUGCGUCCGAAGCGCUCCUCUACCCGCUCCUAGUCUUCUCCGCGCACUCGGGCGCACUGCUCGCCACCUUUCAAGGUCAUCAGUCUUUGGCAUACGACCUUUCCUGGACCACCGACGACUGCUCCAUCCUCACCGCCUCCUCUGACUUCACCGCCAAACUGUGGGACUUUUCCCCGGGGCUUCGUACCGGGCGGCUAGGCGCCAGUUUAAAGCAACCGGGGGCGGCAACCGGGGGCCCGGCGACGGUGUUCCAGCACCCGUGCUACGUGUACGGCGCAGCUUUCCACCCGACGGCUCUGGCACCCAGGCUGGUCGCUACAGCCGCAUUCGACGGGCACGUGCGCGUCUGGGACCGGGACGGCGGAGAGAUGCUGCGGCAGAUACCGCUGCACAAGACGCACAUAAAUGCGCUCGUCUUUGACCACGUCGGCAAGCGUUUAUUCACGGGGGACGGCUCCGGUGCCAUCACCGAGUGCUCCUGCGACUUCUCCCCGGAAGGGGGGGGUCUCAAACCCCUGCGCACGUCGACUGAGCUGGGGGGGGAACCGAUAACGUGCCUCCGGCUGGCGCCCAGCGGGCGGCGGCUGUUUGCGCUCGCGCGCAGGAACCGGCUGGUGGGAAUAGACUCAAGAUUAUUCACAGUGGACCGGCGGUACCGCGGUCUCCGGUGCCAGGACCACCCGGUCGCGUUUGAUGUCAGCCCCGAUGGGCGGUUUCUCGUGGCGGGGUCGGAGGACGGGCGGGCGUACAUGUGGCAAGUCGACUCCGGCGCGGUGUUCUCCCCCUUCCCUCCUCUCCCCCGCAGCGAGGCCGUUUACGAAUGCGCCUGGAACCCGGUAGAGCACACCGUGGCAAUCGCAGCCGUCGGGGUGGGAUCCCCCGGGAUGAUCUUCUGCCCCGACCCGUCCCUUGUUCAGCAGUUUGACCCUCAGGGGACGCUUUCCGCUUCGUUCGACCCAAUCCUGACCGGAACUACGUUCGUCAUGUCGCCGGAACACCCGCUGCCCGCUGAGCUGCGGCGCAUGCAACGGAGCGGACCGUUGCUUCCGAUGGACAAAUUCACGCCGGAAAAGAUCAAGGAGAUGCUGAGCACUCUGCGCACCGCCGACACGCGGCGCCUCACCGCGGCCGGGACUCCGCGCGACGCGCGCGCCGGGCCGCCGGAGCAAUCGGAGGUCAAGUGGCAAGCGGGUCUCGAGCUGCGAGAACAACUAGAGCGGGCUGAAAGUUCUGGCCAAGAACGGCUAGAGGUGGCUCGCGCGCAAAAUGCGGGGCGGGGAUCUAUAGAGCAGCCGGAAAGCGCCGGAGAAGGAAGUUCUGACGGAGGCCGCCGGAAGAGUGAGAGGCAAAAGAAUUCGGAAGGGGCGUCGGAAGUCAACGAAAGGAGUGGGGCACACGAGCAAACUGGCCGAAAAGCGGGUUUGCAAAAACGAUGCAGCUGGACCCGUUCCAGCGGCUUGAGGGCUGAGCAGAAUCUGCCGGAGAAGAAGGAAGAGGAAAGCGAAAGGGUGAAGGUAGUUGGGGCUAGUGCCCAGGAAGUAAGGAUGGACGUAGGGUUUGCGGAGAGCCCGAAAAUUUUGGAGGCAAAAACGAGUGAAAGAGACUCUGGAGAAGCCCGGGAAGAGGGGUUGCGUAAAGCAAGGAGCCGCAGCAGCGACCGCGCUUCCGUUGCUGAUGAAGGGGAACGGAACGGAACGGAUAACGGGCCCGGCCGCUCGCGUGAAAGCGGAGAUGUUGAUAGAAAAAACCGUCUGGAGGAGCGGAGAAAAGCCCGGAACAAGUGGAUGGAGUUCCGCCCGGAGGGGGAGGGCGCCGAGCAGAACCGAACGGAACGCGUAGCAGUCACGUCUGCCCAAAGCAGGGACGAGAGGGAAGUAGGGCCAAGCGGAAGCACGUACGUCGGUAGCCGAGACGAAGAGCAAACGGCACGGAAAGAGCGGCGGCUGUCAGAGUCGAGGAAGAAAGGGAGAGGAGAGUGGAACGAGCUGCGGGCGGAAGAUGGAACGGCACGGAAUCCCAGCCGGGUAGCGACGCUGCGUCGCAUAAGCUCGCGGCUGAAGGAAAAGCUUAAGUUGGACUUGAAUCAGAUAAAUGCGGACAAAGAGAGCCCGGAGGACGGAGACCAGUGUCUUGAACGGGACGGAAAAGCACCGAAAAGAGGAAAGCGGAGGUCAGGAAAAGAACAGGAAGGAAAAACCGAGCGGGCGGAAAGCAACGGAAACGGCGGGCGGAACGGAGCGGCACAAACAGCAGAAAGGAGUCUGACGGGUCGGCUGGCAAAGGUACUGGAUCCGAGAGAACGGAUCAAAGCGCGCUUAGAGCGCCAGCGCAGCCGGGGGAACAUUCAACAAGGAAUCAAGGAAAGGCACGCAAUGGCGGCUGCGGGAGUGGGGCCAGGAAGUGGCAGAUCUACUGACAUUAACUAUGUUUUGAUUGUGCACGGGACCUUCUCUGGGCCCAAACUCAUUGAUGGGAAGGCUCAUCUGGAAAAUGCUUGGUGGGCGCCUCCUGGUGGUUUUGGCACGACCCUACAGAAUGCUUUGAGUGCAAAAGCAGGGAGUUCGUUGGAAUGGGACAAUGCCGUUUUCCGCGACCGUUUCCUCACAUCCAACAACAAUCUUUUCUUCUGGGAGGGCAAGAAUACGGAUGAAAGCCGGGAAAAGGGGCCAAGCAGCUUGCAGAACGUAUCUUGGACAUCAGUCAGAAAGACCCCCGUGCUAGAAUCUACAUUGUCGCCCAUAGCCAUGGAGGCAAUGUGGCGCUUCGAGCGGUAGAAAUUGUGCUCUGGCAGCUGGGAGAGCUGGGGGUGCAGGAGCGCGUAUCUGCCAGCGAGCAGAAUCAGGCUGCUCAAAAUUCCAAAGAGGAACUAGAUGCUCUGAGGAAGUUGCUUCCUGCACAUGAGGACAGAAAUCGGCUAGGGUCAUUGAUCUUCCUUGGAACGCCGUUCUUGUACAAGCCAGAGAGGGGUGGUUGGGUGCCUUAUCUGGGGCGCUUGUUCGCCAGUAUUCUUCAUCAUCCAAAGAUGCCCUUACUAUUUCUACUCGUGGGCCUUCUGGCUGUCUCCUUGCUCAUCACGGCAGUAUACGGGGGAGUCACCAACCGGACAAUAGAGAUCAUCCUCAUAGUGCUGUGGGCACUGUUGUUCUGCCGUUCUUGGCUGCUUUCCUCUUCAUGGAGAGCCCUCCCUUUAAGGCCUACAGAACAAAGAAGGCCAGUUCUGCGGGGAACCUCUACCAUUUGACAGAUCAGAGCUGGUCCAAAAGGAUGAACACACUGGUUAUCCAUGCAGGCCUUCUGGAUGAAGCGUUGUGCAUUUUGACCGCCGUGAAACCUUUAUUGGAGGUAUAUGUGCUGCCUCGUCUAUCUGAGUACCUGACUAUAUAUCCAUUUACAAUGGUAAAGGGUCUGAUAAAGCAUGAAGAAGCUCUCCUGGACUUCCAGAGGAACAUUGCAUGGAUCCGGAUUCACGGUCCGCAUGCAGAUUCUCAGCAGGGAAGUUUGUGGACUUCUGAGGGCAGGCAAAACCUGGACGGAAGGCUGCAGGUUGCUUUUUUCGGAAGCCGUGUCAAACAAAUGUUGGCAUGCUUGGGGUGCCUUUCCAUGGCCAUCCUCAAGGUCCUGAGCUGGCCAGUCCUAAUCUGUGCCAAUCGGUUCGCAGCGUCAUUGAUCGAACAUAUC